UACCAGCUGUACAACACAGCGCCCCACUUCCGACAUUGUGUUUAAGGCAAGGCAAAAGCAGCGAAAGUAAAAGAAAAAACGUCGCUAAUUCGGGUUUAAACUGAAAACAUUAUACAUCUUCGACCAAUCAGUGACUACGAUUUCAUCGACAGCUGCUUCUUCUUUUUUUUAUGCAUCGAUCAAUAUGCACUAAUUUAAAUAGAAUUCGGAAAGACACUUCGAGGUAGGUAAAAUUCAAUUUUCACACCCCAGGUCACUUUGUACUUCAACCGGCAGCAAAAUACAACAGCGUAGUGGAGUUGCUCUUAAAAAUCAAAACAAAGUUACGUUUCUUCGCGUGCGCUCAUGGUUGAAAAUCGUAGUGAUUAUUUUGUUAUAUUCAUAUUGAAAAGUGCCGAAAUGGGUCGAAAAUACAUGAGGAAAUCAUCUAGACAGUCCUGGUCCGUGAGUAGCAUGCAAGCCGCCGUCGAAGCAGUAAGGAUUGAACUUAAAACAGGAUCGGCGGCCCGUAUUUACGGAGUGCCGAAGAAGACCUUGUUGCGCUACAUCGCAAAACAAGAAGAUCUACCUUCCGUCACCCCGCUCGGCCGGUUCAAACCGAUACUGUCGACGGAGCAGGAAAACGAGAUUGUCAAUCGAAUAAUACAGAUGGCACGGUCGGCUAUAGGAGUCAACCGCAGAGAAAUACGACAAAUGGCAUUCCAAAUUGCAGAAAAGUAUUCAGUGGCGCAUCCGUGGACGAAUGGAAUCGCAGGAGUAGACUGGUUGAGAAAUUUUCUCCGGCGACACCCUGAAAUUUCUGCAAGGAAGCCCGAAAACACAUCUUUGGCUCGUCUCACCGGAUUUAACCGAGCUAGCGUCCAGUCUUUCUACGACGCACUGUUCCACCUGAUGUCCGAAGAGCAGUACUCGGCGACACAGAUCUGGAACGUCGAUGAAACGGGUUUCAGUACCGUUCAAGCAAGAGCAAUGGAAGUGUUCGCUAAAAAAGGACAACGUCAGGUCGCCUCUGCAUCAUCCUCAGAACGUGGAAUUAAUACGACGGUUAUUCUAGCCAUGUCUGCUGCGGGCGAAUAUGUGCCACCAGCUUUCAUAUUUCCACGGGCACGCCUUACAGAAUCUCUCAAAGUUGGAGCUCCGGAGAAUUCACUUUUUCUAUGUAAUCCCAGCGGCUGGAGCACUAUUGAAACGUGUUCUUCAUGGUUCGACCAUUUUUUACAGUAUGCCAAACCUUCUGCAAGUCGACCAAUCCUAUUAAUACUUGAUGGACACGCGAGCCAUACGAAAAAUAUCUAUAUGCUUGAAAAGGCAUCCGUCAGUAACGUUCGCAUACUAUCAAUUCCUUCACAUACGUCCCAUAAGCUUCAGCCACUUGAUGUCUCCGUCAUGGGCCCGGUAAAAAGGAAGUAUGCAGAUGUGAUGGACAAGUUUAUCAAAUCUUCUAAGGGCAAGGUGGCGGUCACUGUUAACGAUGUUGCAGCAUUGGUGAAAGAAGCUUUAGCAGGAUCCGCAACAGUAUCGAACGCCAUGAGUGGAUUCCGUGCGACGGGAAUUUACCCGUUCGAUCGCAAUAUUUUUACGGAUUCGGAUUUCUCAGCAGCAGAUUUUCUGGAGAGCACUAUUCAAUCAAACAGUCAACCGAAUGCUGCCACUGCUGCAAACAUAGUAGAGACUGCAUCAACUGUUGAGACUGGUUCCACCUCCCAUCAACCGACUAUCGAUUCAACAUCAGGGGUACUUGCUGACAUAACAAACCAUGUUGAUGUUAUGUCCAAUCUGCCUAGUCACAUAAUGUCCAAUCUACCCACCAUAAAGCAGGAUAUGGAAUCAUCAAAUAACUUUACAUCAGAAAUUGAUUUUAUGGAAGAUUUCGAGGCACCAGAAGACGAACCUAUAAUUAUUGAUCCGAACGUCUUCUACCUCAUUGCACCAGACGGAAAAAUCAUGAUUGAAUCGGAAUCAGAAGCAUCAACCUCUGUCGAUCAGGAAGCGAAAUUCUCAGUAGACGCGCAACCACCGGUUGAACCGGUAAAGGUUGAACCGACGAGUUACGUGGAUGAAGAAGGAGCCACAAAUAGUGGGGAUCUUUUGUCGCCAACUACAAUAAUUCAACCUUGGAAUCUAUCGACAAUUACUGAUUCGAAACCGUCUCUUAAGAAGUGCACGAACAAUCGUAAAGGUCGUGCAGAAGAGCUGACAUCGGUAACUUAUCGUAAGCAGCUUCGUGAGGCUUCUGCCUCAAGAGCCAUCAAGGACAUUAUCAAGAAAGAGCGCAAAAAGCCCAUUGCCAGCAGACCGGAGGACAGCCUUUGUGUUACUUGUGGGGAGCGUUUCAGCUCCACAAGUAACGGUUCUGGAUGGAGCAACUGCAUGUUCUGCCAUGCCUGGUACCACUGUAAAUGCAAUGCUGAGGACCCUUUGCUGUGUGCAGCCUGCCGCUAGCAGAUGUCCAGAUUGGUCAGCAGAAGCGCUUCUUCUAUCUAUUAUCUGCUGUAUAUGUAUAACUCAACUGUUCAAAAACUUUCAUUUAAUAAAACUUCAUGUCGGUACAAGUUAUUCCUAAUCCGAGUUUCGCCAUAUUUCGGCUUAGGUAAAUCAGCGGUCAUCUCCCGCUACUACAUAUUUAAUGAUACUAAAAGACAUUCUAUAAGACCAUCCUAUUAAUAUGUACAUCUGGUCCAACACUUCAAUGAUAAGCCAAGUGGAAUACUCUUAUUUGCAUUUUAUAUUAAUUCAAUGAAAAAAAAAACAUGUAUGAAUGAGCUAAUGACACGCAUUUGCGACCUAGAUAAAAAUUGACCAUAAAAUGCUUUUAGUAUCAUCAGACUGAUUUCAUUUUCAAUUAUCGUCGUCGUAUAAAUUUCUCUGUGCUAAUAUUGGACAAUCAUGUUUCAGUGAUGUCAUUUUGGACAAUAAAUGACCUAAAAGUUACGUUUGAUAUCUGAAGUAACAGACUGUCAUAAACUGUAAUUCUUACCACGAAGGACAUGCGUUUAUCAUCAUUAGCAUCUGAGUUUAAAAGUUUAAAAAAUCUUAAAAUGGUCGCCACAAUGGCCGACUUUUGCACAUACUCACAAUUUUAGGUUCACAAAUGUCAUAAAAAACUAAUCCAUCGUAUUGAUUCUUCUUAUGUUAGGCUUAUUACGAGUGAGCAAGAUCAAAACAUAAAUUAUACUAUUGUUAGAAGUUUACUUUUUGAGAUUUGUACGUUUCGAGUUCUGGUACAAUGUUGAACUGGAAUUCUACCCAACUAACAUUUUCAGCGCUAUAAGCUUCAGUCAUUUGCUUUCUGUUGUGUAACCAUCGAGUAAAAGCAGUCAACGCUGAAUAAAAGGAAAGCUAGUCAAAUAUAAAUCAUAAGCUAAUACACGACUGCAAAACAAGCACCAUACAACUACCAAACUCGGUUUUCAGAAAUCCAUUGCUUGUCACUGGGGCUGCCUUUACUCCACCCUAUUCCAACUCCGGGAGAUUUCCCGGAAGAUGUGAAAACUUGAACACAUCGAAUAGGAGUCCCCACUAACAAAACAGCUGCUACUAUACAGUACAAUUCAUUAUACUGACAAAUCCCCAAACCAGCAGCGCUUUAAAGGCCGUUAUGCGAUUUCAUUACGGCUAGAAGCUGUAAUAAAGAAGCUGUUGGUUUACCAACACGGCUUGUCGGAUAUAAACAUUAUUGUCAAAACAAACCUUAAGCGGGAUAUAUAGCUACUACACAAGUUCUUUACAGCUAUCCAUGUAUGCGCUGUGAAAUUAUUUGGGUUGCUUUUAUUGCACUUUAAUUCAAUGCCGGAAGAUGUGCAAAUUGAGUAAGAGUCCCAGCCACUGCAAAAGCUGC